AUGGUAAGUUGCCGAAUCGCAAGUUUUACUCCUACUCAAUAUCCCUAUUUAUCAGAAACGCAGAGGCUUUAUGCUAAGGAUGUUGAGUGCCCAGUUGAAUGGAAAGACUGGAUUGACAAAGGGGGCGUUAUUCCGUCGUCGUGCUGUCCUUACAGCUCAAAGGACAUCUUACAGCAUAUGCCUGCCUCAGCACGUGUGGAAACCCUGAUGUGCUAUCUAGGCAUCGGAGACACGUACACCCCCUGUCACAAGGACCUUUGUGCAUCAUCUGGCCAGAAUUUGAUGUGCUAUACCGAAAACAAUGCCUCCGCAUUCUGGUUCAUGACGCAGAGCUGCUCAGCUCCGGCUGUGGCCAAGUACUUCCACACCUUGAAACAAGAUCUGGAUCUGGAGUCAUAUACAAUCACGGUGGCCGAAAUGGCCAAGGCUCCAUUCGAUGUCUAUAUCGCAGAACAGAAGUUAGGAGACUUUGUCCUCGUUCCGCCGAGAAGCUGUCAUCAAGUCGUUAAUUCUGGUGGUUUAACGAUCAAGAUGUCUUGGUCGCGGAUGACCAUCAAGGGGGCCGAGACUGCUCUUUAUCACGAGCUUCCUAUAUACAGACGGCAAGUUGAUCACGUUUGUCGAGUGGAGACGUACCGAGUCAAGUCCAACGUUCAUCAUGCGCUCCUACACCGCGUUGACCAACUCGAGCGGUUUCUAACUCAUCCAGGACACAGCGAAAGCGAUGGUACAGGACCUUUGGAAUGCCCACAGUCUGUCACAUCAUCUCCAUUUGUUUAUCUACGAAUCUGA